UGACAGACGACGACUGAAGCGUCUGGAUUGUGCUCGGAAAAACAGCGGCUACGGCUAUUAGCUUUAGCUGCCCUAGCCAAGAAAAGGCAAAUACGCGCCCUUUCCAGUGGUUCUGGAUUUAAACACACGUCUUCAAACACAGUUUCACACAUAAGCUCAUGGCACUGAUAGUGGCGAUGGUCCAUGAACGCUCAUGGACUCACAGAAAACGGCUUGUCCAGCACCAACAGCAGCAGGCACUGGAGCCCAGAUAACACAGUGAAACUGAUAAACCAUGAUCCCCAUCACUGAACUGCGGUACUUUGUGGACACCCAGCCAGCCUACCGCAUCCUGAAACCAUGGUGGGACGUGUUCACGGACUACAUUUCCAUCGUUAUGCUCAUGAUCUCGGUGUUCGGUGGGACUCUGCAGGUCACCCAGGACAAGAUGAUCUGCUUGCCCUGCAAGUGGGUGGUGGAUAAGACCUGCAAGAAUAACUUGAAUUCCUCAUUCAUCGCGCCUUUGUCGUUGGAGCCCAAAGGGAUCCAAUAUGAUUUGGACCGCCACCAGUACAACUAUGUCGAUGCCGUGUGCUACGAGACUCGAUUGCACUGGUUUGCCAAAUAUUUCCCCUACCUGGUCUUGCUCCAUACCCUUAUUUUCUUAGCCUGCAGCAACUUUUGGUUCAAGUUCCCCCGCACCAGCUCCAAACUCGAGCACUUUGUGUCCAUCUUACUCAAGUGCUUCGACUCGCCGUGGACCACCAGAGCUCUUUCGGAGACGGUGGUGGAAGAGAGUGAUCCGAAACCAAUGAAAAUGAACGGCUCCAUGGAGCACAAGGAGUCGGUCGUCAGCGAAGACGUGGAGGCCAGCGUCCCUAUGCUCCAGCGAACCAAGACGCGGCUCGAGCAGGGCAUCGUCGAUCGAACGGACACGGGGGUUCUGGAUAAGAAAGAAGGCGAACAGGCCAAGGCUCUCUUUGAAAAAGUCAAGAAGUUCCGAAUCCACGUGGAAGAAGGGGACAUCGUGUAUAGGUUGUACAUCCGUCAGACUAUUAUCAAGGUGAUCAAAUUCAUUUUGAUCAUCUGCUACACAGGGUAUUAUGUGAACGAUAUCAAGUUCAGGGUGGACUGUAACGUGGACAUAGAAAGUCUGACCGGCUACAACGUCUAUCGUUGCGCUCAUCCCUUGGCGACGCUCUUUAAGAUCUUGGCCUGUUUCUACAUUAGCUUGGUGGUGGUGUACGGCUUCAUCUGCAUGUACACGCUGUGCUGGAUGUUGCGGCGCUCCCUCAAGAAGUAUUCCUUCGAGUCGAUUCGAGAAGAGAGCAGCUACAGCGACAUCCCCGACGUGAAGAACGACUUUGCCUUCAUGUUGCACAUGAUCGAUCAGUACGACCCGCUCUACUCCAAGCGCUUUGCCGUCUUCCUCUCCGAAGUGAGCGAAAACAAACUGAGGCAGCUCAACCUCAACAACGAGUGGACACUCGACAAGCUCAGGCAGAGGAUAACCAAGAACUCCCAAGAGAAGCUGGAGCUGCACCUUUUCAUGCUCAGCGGCAUUCCAGACACGGUGUUUGACCUGAUGGAGCUGGAGGUUCUCAAACUGGAGCUCAUACCGGACGUGACCAUCCCGCCGAUAAUCGCGCAGCUCGUCAACCUGCGAGAGAUGUGGCUUUACCACACCCCGGCCAAAAUUGAAGCGCCGGCCUUGGCUUUUCUGCGGGAGAAUUUGAAGUCCCUGCACAUCAAAUUCACCGACAUCAAGGAGAUUCCUCUAUGGAUUUACAGUUUGAAGAAUCUCAGUGAGCUUCACCUCACCGGCAACCUCAGCGCUGAGAACAACCGCUACAUCGUCAUCGAUGGGCUGAGGGAGCUGAAAAGGCUCAAGGUUCUUCGCUUGAAGAGCAAUCUCACCAAGCUGCCUCAGGUGGUGACCGACGUGGGCAUGCACCUCCAGAAGCUGUCGGUCAACAACGAAGGCACCAAGCUGAUGGUGCUCAACAGCCUGAAGAAAAUGGUCAACCUGACGGAACUGGAGCUGAUCCGCUGCGAUCUGGAGCGCAUACCGCACUCCAUCUUCAGCUUGCACAAUUUGCAGGAGAUCGAUUUGAAGGACAACAACCUGAAGACCAUCGAGGAGAUCAUCAGUUUCCAGCACUUGCACAGGCUGGUCUGCCUUAAACUCUGGUACAAUCAGAUUGCCUACAUCCCCAUCCAGAUUGGCACGCUCAUCAAUUUAGAGAAACUCUACCUGAACCGAAAUAAGAUUGAGAAGAUUCCCGGCCAGUUGUUUUAUUGUCGCAAGCUGCGCUUUCUGGACCUGAGCCACAACAACUUAACCAACAUCCCGGCUGACAUCGGCUCCCUGCAGAACCUUCAGUACCUUGCCGUGACCGCCAAUCGAAUCGAGAGCCUGCCCAAUGAGCUGUUCCAGUGCAAGAAACUGCGCACUUUGAACCUGGGUAACAACUGCCUGCAGUCUCUGCCGUCACGUUUCGGCGAGCUGACGGGACUGACGCAACUGGAGCUGAGAGGCAACCGCCUGGAGUGUCUGCCCGUGGAGCUGGCCGAGUGCCGGCAGUUAAAGCGUACUGGUCUGGUUGUGGAGGAGGACCUCUUCAACACCCUGCCCACGGAAGUCAAAGAACACUUGUGGCGGACGGACAAAGAGCCGAUAUGAACGUAGCCAUGGGUUCACAGAUGCUCGCCGAGCCGGUCACCGAAGCGGCCGAGACGGGAUGGCGUCAUGUAGGGCCAGUAAAAAAAAAAAAAAAGGGAAUGUGUUCACUAGAUUGGCACGAUUCUUGACCUUCCCAACUUCUAUUUGGUCACACACUUUGACCCACUUGUCGGGCUAUUUAGCAAUAAUAAGAGAAGACUUACUUUAUUGAUCCCAAAAGGAAAUUGGAGAAGCAGUGCCAUGGUGAUGUUUGUUUACAUUUUGUGCAUCUCAACGUUGGCCAAUUGGAGGUAAGUAUGCAAAAUGGUAGGCCAACAAUACUGAGCAUUUCACAAGCAUUAAACAAGACGUUCGUCCCAUAUUCUCGGACACGUCGUGUCAGCGAGCCAACGAGAAGCCGAGCACGGUCUUUCUUUUGUAUUACAUCAUAGUAUCGAAAUCAGCCGAGUUAGUGUUGGAAGUCGGUUCCUUUGAAGGACUUGACGAGACAGAGCAAAGUCUCUGCAGGUUAAGCUCAUUAUAUAUGUUGCAUAUAUUUACAACCGUACCAAGUACAAUUACACUGUCAAGUUGACAAUCAUUUAAGUUGGAAAAAUGUGUCACCUGGAUUUCCUAUGUUUGUUUGUUUUUUGUCCAUAAUAUGUCGUACCAAAUCCCAGUCCUGUUGGCAUAGACUUUAAAAAAUGUGAGUGGAAGGUAUGCUUCAAAUGUAUUCAUUUGUGAGAAAAUGCGUUUGAGCACGUCAGAGAGUCCUCUGAACGAGUGUUAUGUGCUUGCUUGAUCUCCAUGUUGGGUGGGGAAGGAGAAGUAUCCAAGUAUUUGAGCCAGCCCACCAUGCAGCCCUAUAAACAAACCUCAGAGCAACGGAAAGGAAAUGCCUCGACUGCUCAAUUAUUAAUCGGCAUUUGCUUUUUACACGAGUGCAACUGAAAUGGCCCCUGAGCCCCACCCCUGAUCUCAAUCUUGGAGUGUAGUGAGUUUUUUUUGUGUAUAUAGCUAAAUAAUGUUGAAAAAAAGUAACACAAAAAGCUUACAACCUUGCGCACCCCAAUGAGGAGUUCUGUCACUUUCAUGAAUAUCUGAUCGCCUGAUACGCACAAUUACUUUGAUAAAGUGGGGCCAAAUCUAGUCAAAUAAAAACCACACCAUCGAUCAUCUGACAGUGACUUUUCGAACGGCUGUGUGUGCAGGCCACUUGCCUUAACCCCUGUUCACUCCUGUUUCUAUGGACCGUGGUGUGUUUUGUUUUGAUUGCGUGUCUAAUACUUUGUACACUUGACCACCUGUUAAAGCUAAUGUGGAAGACUACUUGGCUCCAAAUAAUCACGGCUGAAACAGAACAUUUACGUGUAUUGUAUUGUAAACGUUUUGGAAUGCUUUGAUCAUUAAUCUGUCGUAGCUAACAGGAAAGAAGUCACUAAUAAAUGAGAACCAUUGUGAUAUAGGCGAUGCUCCUUUUUCUAUGAUUACAAAUGAUAGCGUAAGUCUUAUUACUUUGCAAAUAAAUGUGUAGAUUGUUUUGCAGAUGAGAGAGAAUCAUGGAUGUGUGAAAUGAAGAAAUGAAUCAAAUACAAAUCUUUUCCAAAUAAAAAAAAUGUGACUCGUC